AUGGCUACAGGGAGUGCCCAAGGCAACUUCACUGGACAUACAAAGAAAACUAAUGGCAAUAAUGGCGCCAACGGAGCACUCGUCCAAAGCACUUCUAACCAGAGUGCCCUUGGAGCUGGUGGAGCAAACGGUAACGGCAACUCAGCCAGAGUGUGGGGUGUGGCUGCGGGCUCCAGCUCUGGCCUAGCUCACUGCUCUGCCAGUGGUGGGGAUGGAAAGAUGGACAACAUGAUGGGAGAUGGUAGAAGUCAGAACUGCUGGGGUGCUUCCAACUCUAAUGCUGGCAUUAAUCUUAACCUUAACCCUAAUGCCAAUCCAGCUGCCUGGCCUGUACUUGGACAUGAAGGAACUGUGGGAGCAGGCAACCCUUCCAGUAUUUGCAGUCCAGUCAGUGCCAUAGGUCAGAACAUGGGCAACCAGAAUGGGAACCCAACAGGCACCUUAGGUGCUUGGGGAAGCUUGCUGCCGCAAGAGAGCACAGAACCACAAACGUCCACUUCUCAGAAUGUGUCUUUCAGCGUACAACCUCAGAACCUUAACACUGAUGGACCAAAUAACACUAACCCCAUGAACUCUUCACCAAACCCUAUCAAUGCAAUGCAGACAAACGGACUGCCGAACUGGGGGAUGGCUGUUGGUAUGGGGGCCAUCAUCCCGCCCCACCUGCAAGGCCUUCCUGGUGCUAACGGAACAUCAGUUUCUCAAGUCAGCGGGGGCAGUGGUGAAGGAAUGGGCAGUUCAGUGUGGGGGAUGUCCCCAGGUAAUCCUGCCACAGGAAACAGCAAUUCUGGGUUCAGUCAGGGGAAUGGAGACACUGUGAACUCAGCAUUAAGUGCUAAACAAAACGGAUCCAGCAGUGCUGCGCAAAAGGAAGGAAACGGAGCGAGCGCGUGGGAUUCGGGGCCUCCUUCUGGUCCUGGGGUACUGGCGUGGGGCAGGGGUGGUGGCAACAGCAGUGUUGGGAAUAGUAUGCAUUCUGGAGCUUGGGGCCACCCCAACCGCAGCACCAGCAACGGUGUGAACGGUGAGUGGGGCAAGCCCCCCAGCCAGCAUUCCAAUAGUGACAUCAAUGGGAAAGGAUCAGCAGGGUGGGAUAGCUCCAGUGUUACCAGUCCGAACCCUGCCAUGCAGCAGGGCAAUGAACAAAUAAACUCUUGGGCCAAAGCUGCGGCAUCUGGCACCACAGCUAGCGAAGGAAGUAACGACAGCGGUGGGAGUCAAAAUGAGGGCAGUACUGGGAGGGAGGGGGCUGGAGAGGGCAGGAGGAGAGACAAAGGGAUGAUAGACCAAGGGCAAGUUCAGUUGCCAAGAAAUGACCUUGACCCCAGGGUCCUGUCCAAUACAGGGUGGGGACAGACCCCUGUAAAGCAAAACACUGCCUGGGAAUUUGAAGAGUCCCCAAGGUCUGAACGAAAGAAUGACAAUGGAACAGAGGCCUGGGGUUGUGCAGCUACUCAAUCUUCAAACUCAGGGGGGAAGAACGAUGGGUCCAUCAUGAACAGUACAAAUACCUCUUCAGUAUCUGGGUGGGUCAACUCUCCACCGGCAGCUAUUCCAACAAAUACAGGUUGGGGAGACAAUAACAACAAAGCACCAAAUGGCCCCGGGGGAUGGGGAGAGUCAGCAAGCUCUACUACUGUUAAUAAUGCUGCUGCUGCCAAAAGCGGCCACGCUUGGAGUGGGACCGCAAAUCAGGAGGACAAAUCACCUACCUGGGGUGAACCUCAGAAACCCAAAUCUCAAAACUGGGGAGAUGGACAGAAAUCAAAUCCAAGCUGGACUUCAGGAGGUGGAGAUUGGACAGAUUCAUCAUCUGUUCCCGGACACUUGGGUGAUGGGAAGAAGAAUGGAUCUGGAUGGGAUUCUGACAAUAGAUCAGGGUCUGGUUGGAAUGAUUCCACAAGGUCUGGGACCAGCGGGUGGGGAAAUGGCACAAACAGCAAGGCUAAUACAGGUACAAGUUGGGGAGAAUCUUUAAAGUCAGGCCCCCAACAAAAUUGGGCUAACAAACCCCAGGACAACAAUGUGAGUAACUGGGGAGGAGCUGCUUCUGUAAAACAGACGGGGUCAGGGUGGGUUGGUGGGCCAGUGCCAGCCAAACAAAAAGAGAACUGUGAGGCAACUGGCUGGGAAGAGCCAUCUCCACCAUCCAUUCGCCGCAAGAUGGAAAUCGAUGAUGGUACCUCAGCUUGGGGCGACCCAAAUUACAACAACAACAAGACUGUAAACAUGUGGGAUAGAAAUAAUCCUAUAAUUCAGAGCAGUACCACAACCAACACCACCACCACUAGCACCAUUAUCAACACAAACAUGGUUGAACCUCAGCCAUCGCACCAGUCAAGUGCCCAGCCGAACCGGUCCCCGCUGCUUGGUCCAGUCUCAUCAGGCUGGGGCGAAAUGCCUACUGUCCACACGAAGAGUGAAGCUUCUUGGGGAGAGCCGUCAUCCCCUUCUGCUGCAGUUGAUAAUGGCACUUCAGCCUGGGGGAAGCCCCCCAGCAGUGGUACAGGGUGGGGAGAUAAUCCUGCCGAGUCAGCAGGGACAUAUGGAAGAACAAACCCUCCAGCUGCUGCCCCAGCACUGUGCAAACCAGCUUCAAAAUCUAUGCAAGAAGGCUGGGGCAGUGGUGGGGAUGAAGUGACUCUCAGUACUAGUCAGUGGGAAGAUGAAGAAGGAGAUAUGUGGAAUAAUACUGCUUCACAAGAGAGCAGCUCCUCCUGUAAUUCCUGGGGGAAUGCCCCGAAGAAAGGACUUCAAAAGGGCAUGAAGACAUCUAGCAAGCAAGAUGAGGCCUGGAUCAUGAAUCGCCUGAUAAAACAGCUCACAGACAUGGGCUUCCCUAGAGAGCCAGCGGAAGAGGCCUUGAAGAGCAACAAUAUGAAUCUCGAUCAGGCCAUGAGUGCUCUGCUGGAAAAGAAGGUGGAAAUGGACAAGCGUGGAAUGGGAGUGACCGACUAUAAUGGAAUGGUCACCAAACCCCUUGGCUGCCGCCCACCACCAAUCUCCAAAGAGUCUUCCAUGGACCGCCCCACCUUCCUUGACAAGCUCACCCUUUCUUUCUCCAAUCAGGAUGGCGGCCUAGUGGAAGAGCCCACUACUUCACCAUUUUUGCCUUCACCAAGCCUGAAGCUCCCCCUUUCAAACAGUGCACUCCCUAAUCAGACCCUGGGCGGGAUUGCCUCAGGGCUGGGCAUGCAAAACUUGAAUUCUUCUAGACAGAUACCGAGUGGCAAUCUGGGUAUGUUUGGCAAUAGCGGAGCAGCACAAGCCAGGACCAUGCAACAGCCGCAGCAACCGCCAGUGCAACCUCUUAAUUCAUCCCAGCCUAGUCUUCGUGCUCAAGUGCCUCAGUUUCUAUCCCCUCAGGUUCAAGCACAGCUUUUGCAGUUUGCAGCAAAAAACAUUGGUCUCAGCCCUGCACAGUUAACCUCGCCAAUUAAUAAUCCUCAGCAUAUGACGAUGUUGAACCAGCUCUAUCAGCUGCAGCUGGCGUACCAACGUUUACAAAUCCAGCAGCAGAUGUUACAGGCUCAGCGUAAUGUUUCCGGACCCAUGAGACAACAGGAGCAGCAAGUUGCACGUACAAUCAAUAACAUGCAGCAGCAGAUCCAGCAGCACCAGCGCCAGCUGGCCCAGGCCCUGCUUAUGAAGCAGCAGCCUCCCCCUCCACAUCUAUCUUUGCACCCCUCUGCAGGCAAAUCAGCCAUGGAUAGCUUUUCACCCCAUCCCCAGGCUCCCGGCCUACCUGACCUGCAGACCAAAGAGCAACAGUCUUCACCGAACACCUUUGCUCCUUACCCUCUUGCUGGACUGAACCCGAACAUGAAUGUAAAUAACAUGGACAUUACUGGUGGUUUGUCAGUGAAGGACACUUCUCAGUCCCAGUCUCGCCUUCCUCAGUGGACACACCCCAACUCAAUGGAUAAUCUGUCUAGUGCUGCUUCUUCGCUUGACCAGAACUCCAGCAAGCACGGUGCUAUACCUGGAGGUUUAAGUAUUGGUCCUCCGGGAAAGUCCUCCAUUGAUGACUCUUAUGGCCGGUAUGAUCUGAUUCAGAACAGUGAAUCUCCCUCCAGUCCACCUGUAGCUGUUCCUCACAGCUGGUCUCGUGCCAAAACUGAUAGUGAUAAAAUUUCCAAUGGCUCCAGCAUAAACUGGCCACCAGAGUUUCAUCCAGGAGUGCCAUGGAAAGGACUGCAGAAUAUUGAUCCUGAAAAUGACCCCGAUGUUACUCCUGGAAGUGUUCCAACUGGGCCUACCAUAAACACCACGAUACAGGAUGUUAAUCGCUAUCUUCUCAAGAGUGGAGGGUCAUCCCCAACAUCAUCUCAGAAUGCCACGCUGCCUUCAUCGAGUGCCUGGCCGCUUAGUGCCUCCGGCUACAGUAGCUCUUUCAGCAGCAUUGCAUCCGCACCUAGCAUUGCAGGUAAACUGUCAGACAUCAAGUCUACGUGGUCUUCUGGCCCAAUCUCUCACACACAAGCCUCUCUCUCCCAUGAACUAUGGAAGGUACCCAGAAACACUACUGCUCCUACAAGACCACCUCCAGGCUUAACAAACACCAAGCCAUCAUCUACGUGGGGUGCCAGUCCCCUGGGUUGGACCAGCUCUUACUCCUCUGGUUCUGCAUGGAGCACUGACAGCUCAGGGAGAACAAGCAGCUGGCUGGUUCUGCGAAAUCUCACACCCCAGAUUGAUGGUUCCACACUGCGGACACUGUGUUUGCAACAUGGCCCUCUAAUAACAUUCCACUUGAACCUGACACAAGGGAAUGCUGUGGUCCGAUACAGUUCCAAGGAAGAAGCAGCCAAGGCCCAGAAGUCUCUGCAUAUGUGUGUCCUGGGAAACACUACCAUCCUGGCCGAGUUUGCUGGUGAAGAAGAAGUCAACCGUUUCUUAGCACAAGGCCAGCCACUGCCACCCACCUCCAGCUGGCAGUCCAACACUGGAAGCAACCAGACACGCCUGGGCUCCUCGAGCAGCUCCCACGGCUUGGUGCGCAACGACGCCGGGCACUGGAACACUCCCUGCCUGGGGGGCAAGGGGAGCAGCGACCUGCUGUGGGGUGGGGUGCCUCAGUACUCCAGCAGCCUUUGGGGACCCCCCAGCACCGACGACGGCAGAGUCAUCGGGAGCCCAACACCUUUGAAUACUCUUCUUCCGGGGGACCUUCUCAGUGGGGAGUCCAUCUAG